AUGUCUAGGCGACCCAUGGGCAAUAAGAGCGAGCAGUCAUGUGCUGCCUGCUUCAGGAAAAAAGUCAAGUGCGACAGGUUGGUGCCCUGCGGGAAUUGUGUCAAGAAGGGACGGCAGGCAGAGUGUCUCAGAUCAUUCACUAACAAGCACACUUCGAAUGCGUUUGCCCCAGAUAACGAUGACCAUGCUGGAAUUUUGCAAUUGUGGCAGAGCUAUGAGUACUGGAUCAGCAACGUGGGACUUUUAAAAACGAAGGAGGCGGAUACCAAGAAGGCCAAAGUGGACCUGGAUGACCAGCUGAGGAUUAGCAAGUUUUGUCUCGAAUACCUCCAGGAAGGUCCAUCGUUUAAUAUUCUCAACUUCUCACUUGAGAAUCUGGGGGCCUUAUAUUUUGGGUGCAUUGGCGAUAUCAACGAACUGUUUCUUCAAUUGGAAAUGUACUGGAGAAGAAGAAAACAUGGGCCUUAUGCAAGUACGUCUGAGGAUUACUACUGGGACGCCCUGUUAUGGGCCGUCUUCUCCAUGAGUAUCUACUACAUCCCGUUGAGUGAAUUGAGCGAACUGCUACCCAGCGAACCUCUCUGUAAUUGGUUGCAAAUCGACGUCAACCAGGGCUGGACAGAGUCUCUACAAUUGACCGCAUACCAAUGCUUUACAAAAUGUACCAUGGUACUUUUGAAGCAGGCAGAACCCAUGUCGUACCCGGAUAUCAAACUGGUUCAGAUCUAUCUUAUUCUGACAAUGACAACGUUCACGUACGAGGAACCAAUUUUGUCCAACAGCCUGAUUUUGCAAAGUACGCAUGUGGCAAAAAUGUUUCAUAUCAACUUCUUUAGGCAGUACUCCGAAGACGAUCUUGCAGUAGGACUGACGAAGCAGACAUUCAGUAAACUUUGGUUCAAACUGUCCGCCGCUGACUACCUACAAUCGGGGCCAGGAAAACCUCUAGAAUUCCACACAGAUAUACCGUCCCUUCUUCAACACGCAGCAUAUUAUCAAGAUAUGCCCCAUUUCAACGUCUACGAAAAUGAGGACGACUUCGAGGUAUUCUGCUGGAAAAUGUUUUCGUUGGACAGAGAAAUAGACCGGUUUUUAGACCGAGAUAUCAAGCCGCAAUCCAAGACAUUGGAUGCAGUGAAACGAGAACUAGGGAUUUUCCACACUAAAUUAAACACACCUUCAGACGAGAAGAAGAACACAAUUUCCUCCCAAUUCGAAAGAUUCGUGAGUACGUUUCUUUUAAAUUCGAUGCAAUGGAAACUGCAAAAAGUGUACUUGGUGUACUUUAACACGGCCAAUGCACUAGAAUUAACCAUCCACUAUUCACAAGUACUGAUUAGGUUACUCGUGCAUAAUAUAACAAACGGUAAUGAGAUGUUCAAUAAGUUCCCUUACGUACUGAACGCACUGGGGAGAAUUGUACCAUUCUAUUCCUACCAUUCAAUAUUUUUUGCCCGUACAGCCCGUUUGGAUCAAUUGAUAGAAGAUUUAAAAGAAUUGCUAAAUGUGCUGCCCAUCAUGCUAGGCGACAAAGUUAAUAAAUUAACUUUCGUUUCAGCCAGACUAGACGCUUUGGCCAUUCUUUGGGGAAAAGUGAAAAUAGUCGAUUCCGGAUCUGGAGUUAUCCACCCUGUUUUCAAAAUUCUCCAAAAUGAUAUACUAUUCGUUUCGAAAGUGAACAGUACAAUACCCCUGUUGGUGAAGGGAGUUAGGAAUAUUGGCGACAAUCAGAAUAUCGAUGACCAAGUUCUUGCAUCCGAAGGGGACGAUCGCGAUCUAUUUGAGAGCGAUGAAUUUAAAGCCAUUGUAUCGACGUUUCAAUCGGACCACAAUAUUGAGGAGCUUAUUUUUUGA